GGCCUAGAAGGACAGGUUCGACAGUUUGAAGAAGAUAACAACAUGUUUCAGAUGUUUAACGAUAAAUUUGGAAAUGAAAAUAACAAAUUAAUGAUCAAGAGUAAUGAAUUAAAGGCUGAAUUGACACAUUAUUAUCAAUAUCAAGUUCUGAGAAAUAUUCUUCCACUAAUUAUGAACAAAAGAUCAGUAUCACUAAAUGAAACGAAUGCUGAAGAAGCAAGAACCAAGGUGAAAAAUCUGAUGAAAUGUCAGAUACCAGCUAAAUAUCAACUGGAUUAUGAAAAGACGUUCUCUGAACAAUCGACAACCGUUUACGAAAAACUGAUUCUGGAAUUAAAGAGGCUUAUAGAUAGAGUUUUUAACCCUUCUGUAAUACAACUUUCGAAUUGGAUCAAAGCUAUUUACAAACACAGAAGAGAUCAAUUGCGAAAACGAUAG